UAAAAACAUUGCACUGGCAGAGGUGACUCUCUGCUCUGACACUCUACAGCGCUACCACUCAGUCACUCACCACCCACCAUCUAUUUAACCGAGGAGAAGAAAGAUCAAAGAAGAAGAAGAAGAAGAAGAAGAAGCAACCGACGCUCUCUUUCAAUUCCCAACUUCGGAUAACUCGAGGGAGAAAAUGGCGAAAUCACCGGAGACAGAGCACCCACAGAAGGCAUUCGGCUGGGCCGCCAGAGACAGCUCCGGCGUCCUCUCGCCCUUCAAUUUCUCCCGCAGGGAAAAUGGAGAUGAAGAUGUGACCAUAAAGAUCCAUUUCUGUGGGAUCUGCCACUCUGACUUGCAUGCCAUCAAGAAUGAGUGGGGCUUUGCUCAUUACCCCAUGGUUCCAGGGCACGAGAUCGUUGGCAUUGUGAUGAAAUCGGGUAAAAACGUUGAGAAGUUCAGAGAGGGGGAUCGAGUGGGAGUUGGAGUGAUGGUGGGAUCAUGCAUGUCAUGCGAUUACUGCAACCAGGACCUGGAGAACUACUGCCCAAAAAUGAUAUUCACCUACAACUCCGUCUACCAUGAUGGAACUGCAAACUAUGGUGGAUAUUCUGAUAUGAUCGUCGUUGAUCAGCACUUCGUGGUCCGCAUUCCUGACGCCAUGCCAUUCGAUGCUGGGGCUCCAUUGCUGUGUGCUGGAGUGACUGUGUACAGCCCCAUGAAGUACUAUGGAAUGACUGAGCCAGGGAAGCACUUGGGAAUUGUUGGGCUCGGCGGGCUUGGCCAUGUUGCUGUGAAGAUUGCCAAAGCUUUUGGGUUGAAAGUUACUGUGAUUAGUCACUCGCCGGGGAAGGAGACUGAGGCUGUUGAUAGGUUGGGAGCUGAUGGGUUCCUUGUCAGCAGUGAUCCUCUCAAAAUCAAGGCUGCUUUUGGUAGCAUGGAUUACAUAAUCGACACAGUCUCAUCAGUUCAUGCACUGACACCACUCCUAGCCCUUCUGAAGCCUAAUGGGAAGCUGAUCACUCUAGGCUUGCCUGACAAGCCCCUUGAGCUUCCCAUCUUCCCUCUAGUUCUAGGUCGAAAGCUGGUGGGAGGGAGCGACAUUGGAGGGAUGAAGGAGACGCAGGAGAUGCUCGACUUCUGCGCCAAGCACAACAUCACUGCAGACGUGGAGGUAAUUCCCAUGGAUCAAGUCAAUGUCGCCAUGGCGAGGCUUGCUAAGUCGGAUGUCAGAUACCGAUUUGUAAUCGAUGUUGCCAACUCCUUGUCGAAAUGACUCAGCUGUGAUUCAAAGAUGUGAUGAAUGAUCACCGUAUGAACCCUUUUGGUGGCAGGGCAAACUAUCUUUAAACUAAAGCUUUUCCUUUUAGCUGGUUCUUGUGGUUUUGAGUCUGAUAAUGUAUUGGAUAUUUGAAUUCAUAAUUGACUCUAUUAUGUUUUAGAGUCUGAACUAUAUCCGGCAUAUGAAGAAAAGGCUAAUCUUUUAGAGUUGCUUUCAUAUUUAAGAAUCCAUGACCCAACCAAACAAUUGAGCUCCAAAAGCCUCUUGGAAUGGCCAUGGCCCAUGGCAUACAAGCGGUGAAGUCACUCAUAGAGUCAUACAUAACAACAAUAUGAGUUCCAUAGCGAGC